CCCGUGAGACAUCUCCCGCCGUUGACUGACUGCAGGACGAGCAGAGGGAGCCUCUGGAGGGACGUCAAGGACAGACUGUGGUGAUAAAGUUGUGAGAGUUGGCGCUGAGGUAGAAUUAUCAUGUGUGCAUCUCGGUUGGUUCUGCUGCUUGGGCUGCUUCUCUGUGUGGGGGCUCAUCUGUCCAGCGGCCAGCACUGGUCCCAUGGUUGGUACCCAGGAGGCAAGAGGGAGCUGGACUCGUUUGGCACAUCAGAGAUUUCAGAGGAGAUAAAGCUGUGUGAGGCCGGGGAAUGCAGCUACUUGAGACCCCAGAGGAGAAACAUUCUCAGGAACAUUCUUUUGGAUGCUUUGGCCAGAGAGCUCCAGAAGAGAAAGUGACAGUUUCCCACAAUGCACUGCUUUUCUACCUGGUGACCUCUUCAU